AUGGAAGUAGAUCUUUCUCCCAAAUCACCUCAAAAGUAUUAUGGUAGUGAUGGUGGAUCUUAUAACGUCUGGCUAAGUUCGGAUCUCCCCAUGCUUAGCGAGGCCAAAGUUGGGGCAGGAAAGCUUAUUUUGGAACCGCGUGGUUUAGCUCUGCCCCACUAUGCUGAUUCGGCUAAGAUUGGCUUCGUCUUGCAAGGUACUGCCACAGUUGGCAUUGUAUCGCCAGAAGGUCCAAAAGAAAAGGUGGUGAAACUUAAGCAAGGCGACGCAAUACCACUGAAUCUUGGAGUGGUGUCAUGGUGGUACAAUGACGGAGACUCUGAAUUCAUCAUUGUCUUCUUGGGGGAAACUAAAAAGGCUUACACUGCAGGCGUGUUCACUUACUUCUUUCUAACAGGAACAAACAACAUCUUCAACGGUUUCUCGAAUGAGUUUCUCAGUAAGACUUGGGAUUUAGAUGAAGAAAGCGUGAACAAGCUCAUGAAAAGCCAAACUGGCCAAAUAGUUGUCAAGGUUAAGGAAGGGAUGCGCUUCCCAAAACCUUGUGACAAGGAUGCUCAAGGGAUUGUUUUUAACUUCAAUACCGUACCGUUCGAUGUGGAUGUUAAGAACGGGGGGCGGGCUGUCACAUUGACCCAUUUGAAUUUGCCUUUGUUGGGUGAGAUUGGGCUGAGUGCCAAUCUUGUGAAGCUUGAUGCUGAUGCAACAUGCUCAAUAGGGUAUUUGCCCGAUUCAGCAGUUCAGAUGAUCUACAUUGUUAGUGGGAGUGGUCGUGUUGAGAUCACCGGAAUCGAUGGUGCUCACGCUUUGAAAGCGAAGGUCACGGCGGGCAGUUUGUUCGUUGUGCCGAGGUUCUUUGGGGUAUCAAAGAUUGCAGAUGGUGAAGGGUUGGAAUGGUUUUCUGUCAUCACUAGUCCACUGCCUGGGUUCAGCCAUUUUGGUGGGAAGACAUCACUGUUCAGAGCUCUAUCACCAUCACUUCUAGAAGCAGCUUUCAAUGUGGAUCCUCAUCUGGUGAAGCUUUUGAGGUCUGACGGGUGUAAUAACGUCAUUUUCGUCCCUCCACCAAAUUAG